UCUCCGAGCGAUGCAUUACAGAUGGGUCAUGGACACAUGACACACUCUUUAGUGGUUAUGGAUGGACAUGGGUAAAUUCAAGAGGAGUGACGCAACUAUUGGGAGCAAGAAAUCAAUGACGACAAAUCUCACCAUUGCAUUCUAAACUGGAAGCUUUAUCUUGGGCAAUGGAGUGUAUGCUCCAGGUAUCGACAUGUCAAUCUUUUGAGACUGACUGCAAGGUCUUAAUCUCGAUGAUCAAAGACCUUGAAGCAUGGCCGAGCUUUUCUACUGAGCUGGAGGAAUUUAUGAAGUUGAAAGCCAAAUUCACGGAAUUCUCGAUUGUUUUUGUACCUCGUCAGGAAAAUGUGUCGUCUGAUUCUUUAACUAAGAUAGCGAGAUCCUUCCAUAGGGAAUUGUAUUACAUUGGUUGUUCUGUUCCAGUCUGGUUUCGCAGACCAGUUCAAACUUGAGUAAUAGAAUUGAUAUCUUGCAUAAUUACAUUGUUUUAACUUUCUAUUUCUUGCAUGUUUUGAUCAUCUAGAUUAGGUAUCACGCGUUUUAGUCUCCUUUUGCAUUGCAUAAGUCUUUAUCAGGUUGUGGAGUUUCCAUUGGAGUUCUUAGAGGUACUUAGAAGCAUUUGGGAUCAAAAAGGGAGUGGGAAAUGCUGUUUAGACGAGCAAAGCACCAGAGCGGGGUACGGGAGCGACAUGCGACACCCGCUCCAGAAGAGUCGAAGCUGGCGCGACGUCUUGCACCGAGGUGAUACACCCGCUCCAAGCCAAACUUCUUGUCGACGACUUUCAUGAUUUGGAGCGACCUCUUGGAGCGACGUCACGCACCCGCGCGGGGUUUUGGAGAGGUGAAGCAAGUUCUGCGGAGCGACCUAUGGGAGCGACCUAGUGUACCCGCGCCAGAUGCAGAGCGACCUCUGGAGCGACGUCAUCAACCCGCGCGGGGUUUUGGAGAGGUGAAGCAAGUUCUGCGGAGCGACCUAUGGGAGCGACCUAGUGUACCCGCGCCGCGUUUUAUCUUAUGUCGAAAACUUAUGCUUUAUUUGGGCUUUUGAAGUGAUUAAGCAAGCCCAUUAGGUUUUAGAAUUCACAUAAAUACUCUCUAAACCUAAUGUCACCAGGAUAUCUUGUUUUCUAUCAAAUCACAAAAGGACUUUUAGGAAAGAGAUCUUAUCUUGAUCAUUUCUCUCUUGUGAUUGCUUGAUUUUCUUGAUCUCUUAUCAUGUUUAGCACCAAAUCAUCUUUGAUUCUUGGGCUCAUCAUGGAGAGUAGUGAGUAGUCAUUUUUGGAUUCAUGGGUUAGGGAGAUUAAGGGUGAUUAAGCUAGAUCUAAGGUGUUUAGGGAUAGAUCAAUCUUAUUCCUUGCUAGUAGAGGGCUUUUAAUGCAAUUUUAGAGUUGGCCUCUCUAAAGUUGAGCUCUAGGCAUUUCAUACCCGGAAGGUGUUUGAUGAAAUGCCUGAACCAACUCUCCUAAGCUUUUAACAUCCUUUGCCAAAGGGAUUUGUUGUUAAAGGUGUUAAGAUGGCUAGUAGACUUGAGAUUAAUGAUUACUUAGGUAACAUUCAACCAAAGGAAUUUGAUGCUUGAGUUAUCUAGGUAAAUGAGCAUUCAUCUAGGGAUAGAGUUUGUUUAGUAUUGUGUCUAGGCCUAAGGAAGAUAUAGAUUGGUUAAAAGUUGACACCUUUAGGUUGAAUCUUGAUCACCCAAGAUCAAUUCCCAUAGCCCAUGAGUUCUCUCUUCUUAUAAGAAAGAAAGCUUUGUCCUUUAUUGCAUUUUAGGUAGUAAUCUAGUUUACAAACAUCUCAAAAACUGGUAGCACUUAGAUUAAGCAUGGUCUUGCAUUCCCUUUGCUUUAGAAUCACUUAGAAAUGGUUUGACAUCCUUUAUACUAUAACAUUUGAUUAGGAGCCUUGAAACUCCUAUCAUCAAAUUGGCGCCGUUGCCAAAUUCUAAGUUGAUUGUGACAUUGGGAUUUAGUCAUUUGCUUGAGACUAAGUCAAUUUUUAUUUAAUUGUGUUAUUGCUUCUCUUUGUUCUUCUCUCUUUGCAUUUCAGGUGUAUGAACACAAGGAGCAGAGGUCCAACAAACCUAGUUCCAAGAGUUGAAGACAUUAGAGCACUUGAGAGGGAGAUAGCAAGACAAAGAAGAGAAGUAGAGCAACAGGCUCACUUGCAAGGGUUGGGGUUUGAUAUGGAGAAUCUGCCUCAAGAUGGUGAAGCCCAAGGAGGCAAUGGUCCAAGAGCUGAUCAUUUUAGACCACAGCGCCAGCCACAACAUCCACAGCGCCAAGCUCGUGCCAUUGGAGCCUAUGAUCAACCUCACAUUCAUGGUCAUAGGUUGGGAAUCAGAGCACCAGCUGUGGAGAACAACAACUUCGAGAUCAAGUCAGGGCUGCUCAACACUAUAGAGAACAACAAGUAUCAUGGUCUUGCUGCUGAAGACCCUUUUGAUCACUUGUACAAGUUUGAUCAGUACUGUGGCUUGUCCAAGACAAAUGGUGUUUCUGAAGAUGCUUUCAAGCUGAAGCUAUUUCCUUUCUCUUUGGGAGACAAGGCACACCAAUGGGAGAAGACUCUUCCAAGUGACACUGUCACUACUUGGGAAGAUUGCAAGAGAGCUUUCCUAGAAAAGUUUUUCUCUACUUCAAGGACAGCUAAGAUCAGGAACGAAAUAUCCGGAUUUCAACAAAAAGGUCUAGAGAGCUUCAGUGAAGCAUGGGAAAGGUUCAAGGGUUAUUGGUCUCAGUGCCCUCAUCAUGGUUUCAGCAAGGAGAGUUUGCUUAGCACCUUCUAUAGAGGAGCCUUACCACAGUGCAGAAACAGGCUUGAUACUGCCAGCAAUGGUUUCUUCUUGGGGAGAACUGAAGAAGAAGCAGAGGAACUGGUGGAGAACAUGGCUAAGAGCGACUCCGUCUACAGCGAGGAGCAUGAUAGAGUCAACAGAAAUGAUGAUCAACAGACAAAGAGAGAGAUCAAAUCCCUGCAGGAGAAGAUGGACUUGCUUCUUUCUAACCAAGCUAAACAAGAGCAGGUCAACUUUGUGGGUGGUCCUAUUCAAGAGAUUCCUCCCAAGAUUAAUGAAGUUGAUGGUUUGGAAGGACAAGAAGAGCUGUGCUUCAUCAACAACAAUGGUUCUUGGUACAGGAAGGAACCUAACUUUCAGUACAACAACUACCAGCAAAAGUCCUACUCAAACAACCAGCAAGGAGGAUACCAGCAGAGGCAAAACACUCAGCAAGGGAGCUAUCAGCCUAGGCAAAACACCCCUCCUGGUUUCAACAAUAACAACAAUCAGUCUACUCAAGCUCAAGGAAGUUCUUCACAGGCUCCAGCUUCAGAUACAAGUGUGGAUGCAAUGUUCAAGAAACUUUUGGAUUUUCAGGCCAAGAAUGAGAAGACAAUGGGUUAUGAGUUCACGAAAAUUCACUCCAAGAUUGAUGGAAGUUACAAUGAGCUCAACAACAAGAUCCGCCAUUUGGAGAAUCAGUUUGCUUCAAUGAACUCUCAGCCAAGUCGCCAACAAGGGGCAUUACCUGGAAAGCCAGAGCAAAAUCCCAAGGAGACAAUGAAAGCCAUCACCCUUAGGAGUGGAAAACAGCUACCACCACGAACUCUCAUUAGGGAUAAUGAGAAGCAAGAUGGGGAGGUGAUCAUCAAUGUGGAUGAUGAUGUAGUUAUUAUGGAUGAGAAGACCAAUGAAGAGAUCUUGGAGAAAAUAGUUGAAGCAAAAGGAAAGGGUAAAAUUGGAGAAGAAAAGAAAGGGAAGAACAAGAAUGAAGUUGCUACUUCAUCAAAAGAAGCUCUAUUCAAUCCUCCUCCCUAUGAACCAAAACUUCCUUUUCCCGGUAGAUUCAAGAGACAGCUUUUGGAGCAAUACAAGGCUUUAUUUGAGAAACAAAUGAGUGAAGUUCAGAUUACUAUGCCCAUAAUUGAUGCCUUCAUGCUAGUGCCUCAAUACAGCAAGUUCCUCAAGGAUGCUGUAACUAAGAAGAAGAAGGAGAUGGAAGGCAUGGUGGUUCUUACUCAUGAGUGUAGUGCUAUUAUCCAAAGGCUAACCAUCCCUAAGAAGCUUGAAGAUCCAGGAAGCUUUACUUUACCUUGCGCCAUUGGGCAAUUUACUUUUGAGAGGUGUCUAUGCGAUUUGGGAGCAAGUGUGAGCCUUAUGCCUCUCUCCAUUGCUAAAAGGCUUGGCUUUACACAAUACAAGAAGUGUAGACUCUCUCUUGUGCUAGCUGAUCGCUCAGUGAAGAUUCCCAUUGGUAUCCUAGAAGAUCUCCCUGUCAUGGUUGGAAAUUGUGAGAUCCCUACAGAUUUUGUGGUGUUAGAGAUGGAUGAAGAACCAACAGAUCCUUUAAUACUGGGGAGACCUUUCUUGGCUACAGCAGGAGCAGUUGUGAAUGUUAAGGAAGGGAAGAUUGAUCUUCACCUUGGAAAGGGGAACAUUCUUCACUUUGACAUCAAGGAAGUGAUGAAGAAGCCUAUUACUCAAAGCCAAGCUUUCUACAUUGAGGAGAUGGAGGUGUUAGCUGAUGAACUUCUAGAGGAGUUGGCACUUGAAGACUCUCUACAACAUGCCUUAACAAUUGAGAGAGAGGUCCAAAUGGUUGAGAACAAGGAAAGUGAUGCUUAUGUGAAGAUGCUGGACUCUCACAGGGAGAUUAGUGAUGAAGAACAGAAUGAGGAGCUUUCAUAUGAGGAUCACCAUGCUUCCUCAGCUACUCAACAAGAGAAUCUCCAAGAGGAUGAUUGGAGUGAACUCAAAGCACCAAAAGUGGAGCUUAAACCUCUUCCCCAUGGUGUAAGGUAUGCUUUCCUUGGCCCUAAUGAGACUUACCCUGUCAUAGUGAGUAGUGAGCUUAGUGAAGAUGAAUUGUCUAAACUUUUGAAUGAACUUAAAAAGUAUAGAAAGGCAAUAGGCUACUCACUAGAUGAUAUUAAAGGGCUAUCACCUUCUUUAUGCAUGCAUAGGAUACAUCUAGAGGAUGAAUCUAUGACUUCUAUAGAGCAUCAAAGAAGGUUGAACCCCAACUUGAAGGAUGUUGUUAAGAAAGAGAUUCUAAAACUCUUAGAUGCAGGAGUCAUCUAUCCUAUUUCGGAUAGCAAAUGGGUGUCUCCUGUGCAUGUUGUUCCAAAGAAAGGAGGAAUGACUGUAGUUAAAAAUGAUAAGGAUGAACUAAUACCGACAAGAACAAUAACAGGACAUAGGAUGUGCAUAGAUUAUCGAAAACUUAACAAAGCAUCUAGAAAGGAUCAUUUUCCAUUGCCAUUCAUUGAUCAAAUGCUUGAGAGACUUGCAAAUCAUCCAUAUUAUUGUUUUCUUGAUGGGUAUUCAGGGUUCUUCCAAAUCCCCAUACAUCCAAAUGAUCAAGAGAAAACGACUUUCACAUGCCCCUAUGGUACCUUUGCUUAUCGAAGGAUGCCAUUUGGGCUAUGUAAUGCUCCAGCCACUUUCCAAAGAUGCAUGAUGUCUAUUUUCUCUGAUCUUAUAGAGGAUGUUGUGGAGGUGUUUAUGGAUGAUUUCUCUGUCUACGGAUCUUCGUUUUCUGCUUGUUUGUCAAAUCUUAGCAGGGUCCUCAAGAGAUGUGAAGAGACCAACCUUGUGCUGAACUGGGAGAAGUGUCACUUCAUGGUUAAGGAAGGGAUUGUGCUUGGACACAAGAUUUCAGAGAGGGGGAUUGAGGUAGACAAGGCCAAGAUUGAAGUGAUGGUUGGGUUAGCUGCACCAAAGACGGUUAAGGACAUUAGAAGCUUCCUAGGUCAUGCUGGAUUCUAUAGAAGAUUCAUCCAAGACUUCUCAAUGAUAGCAAGGCCAAUGACUAAGCUUCUAUGCAAGGAGGCUGCAUUCGUCUUUGAUUGGGAAUGUCUACAAGCCUUCAAGAAGUUGAAGGAGAAGCUGGUUAGCGCCCCAAUUGUGCAGCCACCAGAUUGGGAUCUCCCCUUUGAGAUCAUGUGUGAUGCUAGUGACUAUGCUGUGGGAGCUGUUCUUGGUCAAAAGAAAGACAAGAAGACUCAUGUGAUCUACUAUGCGAGUAAAACUCUUGAUGAAGCCCAAAUGAAGUAUGCCACAACUGAGAAGGAGUUGCUAGCCAUUGUCUACGCCUUUGAAAAGUUCAGAAGCUACUUAGUUGGGUCAAAGGUCAUAGUCUACACUGAUCAUGCUGCAUUGAGACACCUCAUGGCCAAGAAGGAUGCUAAGCCAAGACUGUUGAGGUGGAUCUUGCUGCUACAAGAGUUUGACCUUGAGAUUAGAGACAAACCAGGAGUUGAGAAUAGUGUAGCAGACCACUUGUCUAGACUGAAGAUUGAGAGUGAGAUCCCUAUUGAUGAAGGGCUUCCAGAAGAGCAGAUCAUGGCAAUUGGAGCAGUGAUAGCGGUUUGUGAAACUGGAAAGAAACUUGAAGAAGUGAAGGCAACUGAAGAGAAAGGGCCUUGGUAUGCUGAUUUGGUGAACUACUUAGCUUGUGGGAGAGAGCCACUUGAUCUUGAGGGAUAUGCCAAGAAGAAGUUCUACAAAGAUGUGAAGCGAUACUAUUGGGAUGAACCUUACCUCUACAUCCUUUGUAGAGAUCAACUCUAUAGAAGAGCAGUAGCUGAUGAAGAAGUUGAAGGGAUCCUCACACACUGUCAUGGAUCAUCCUAUGGAGGGCACUUUGCUACUUUCAAAACAGUCUCAAAGGUGUUACAAGCUGGGUUUUGGUGGCCUCAUAUGUUCAAAGACACUCAAGACUUUGUCUCUAGGUGUGAUUCAUGCCAAAGGAGAGGAAACAUCACCAAAAGAAAUGAGAUGCCUCAAAACCCAAUUCUAGAAGUGGAGGUGUUUGAUGUGUGGGGUAUUGACUUCAUGGGACCAUUCCCAUCAUCUUUUGGCAACAAAUACAUCCUUGUAGCUGUUGACUACGUCUCCAAGUGGGUAGAAGCUGUGGCAAGUCCCACCAAUGAUUCUAGGGUGGUGAUUAAGAUGUUCAAAAGCACCAUCUUUCCAAGGUUUGGAGUUCCAAGAGCUGUCAUCAGUGAUGGGGGUUCUCACUUCAUCAACAAGCUGUUUGAAAGUCUUCUCAAGAAGAAUGGUGUGAAGCAUAAGGUUGCUACACCAUACCAUCCUCAGACAAGUGGACAAGUUGAGAUCUCCAACAGAGAAAUCAAGUCUAUUUUGGAGAAAACAGUGGGGAUUACAAGGAAAGAUUGGUCCAUCAAGCUAGAUGAUGCACUAUGGGCUUAUAGGACUGCUUACAAAACUCCCUUAGGAACCACACCUUUCAACCUUGUGUAUGGGAAGGCUUGUCAUCUACCGGUUGAACUUGAGUACAAAGCAUUGUGGGCUGUUAAGUUGCUGAACUUUGACAUCAAGAGCGCAAAGGAGAAGAGACUUCUCCAACUCAAUGAACUGGAGGAGAUCCGACUUGAUGCUUUUGAGAACUCAAGGAUUUACAAGGAGAAAACCAAAGCUUUUCAUGACAAGAAGAUCUUGAAGAGAGAGUUCAGUGCUGGAGAUCAAGUGCUUCUCUACAACUCUAGACUGAAGUUGUUCCCCGGGAAGCUCAAGUCAAGAUGGUCCGGUCCUUUCAAGAUCAAAGAAGUUAGGCCACAUGGGGCAAUUGUGUUAUGGAACAAGGAUGGUGGAGACUUUAUAGUCAAUGGACAGAGGGUUAAGCUCUACAUGGGAGCCACAACAGAAGAGGAAAGAACUUCGGUUCCACUCUCCGACCCCAUUCCCACCUAGCUAAAAAGAAAGGAAGUCAAGCUAGAGACUUAAAACAAGCUCACUUGGGAGGAAGUCCCAUGUCUAUCC